GCCAUGGUUACAGAAGCGUAUGCUAACGCUUACAAAGUAAAGUUACUACACAGUGAAAGAGCAGUUAGACUGAUUAAAACUAGCUGUGAAUUAUUCGUGUUUAUUGUGUAAUCACGUUUUCUAACUUAAUGCCAAACCAAAAUAUCGACUGAAUUUUACCUUUCAUUAGUAAAUUAUAAAUAGAAUUGAAAGUUUGAUAUAGCCUAUCUUGUUCUUAUACCCCAUUUACUUGGUUAGAGAUUCCAAAGAGUACAAUGAAUUUUGAAGGCUUCAUAAUGUAGUUACAACAUGAGUGAGGACGUUAAAUUGGAAGUCAUUAGGACGACUCAAGAUUCGCUUUCAAGAUACAUUAAAAAACCUCCUCUCACGGAAAAGCUCCUGAGAAAACCACCUUUCAGAUAUCUACAUGAUAUAACAACUUCUGUAAUGAGAGAGACAGGUUAUCUGCAAGGGCUCUACUCUCAGGAUGAGCUUAACCCUGAGAACAUUAAGGAUAGAGAGUCUAAAAUUGCCUUUCUGGAGAAACUGAUUGCAGCAGUCAACCUAUCGAGUGGUAUCAACGUUACAGCAAGACCUAAUAAGAUAGUGGCGGGGCUGGAUGUCGCAAAGACUAAUGAGCUACUACAGGCCAUUGCAAAGGCUUUGGAGAAGAAGGUUGACAGUGCAAAAGCAGUUGAGCAGGUGUUAAGUAAAAAGAGUAAAGGAGCCAUCCAGCAGAAUCCUGCUAAAAAGGAAAGUUCUAAAAAUAAAGCAGCUAAGGAGGUGAAAACAGUUGAAGCCAAGAACCGAGAAGCUCGCAAUAGCGACUCUUUAAAGAGGAAAACUAAAGACAAGGUGAAAAAUGUGGAGAAGCCAGAGCCGAGAAGAGCAAGAACGAAGAAGGAGGAAUCUCCAACUAAAGUUGCCAAAGCACCAAUACUUGUAGAAACUCCUGUUGAUUCAAUUAAAGAUGAUGUUAUCCCUCAACAAGAAGCAGUACCACCUGAGCCCCACGCAAAGGGUGAAGUGGAACUCACUACAAGCAAAGAUAAUCCAGAGGCAGAGACCAAACUUGAUACAGAACCAGCUCUGGUCUUCAUAGAGAAUGAGGAUAGACUAGAUCCCGUGACGCAAGAGAAAGCUGAAGCCCUAGAAUCAGAGACAGAAAAGCCCUUUGAAGAUAUUUCAAAGCAAGAAUCUAAUAAUUCAAAGCAAGAGGAUAAAAAAGAGAAUGUUCUCAAAUCUGAGGAGGAGUUGAAAAGACCCCAAUCUGCAAGAGCCAUCCAUAGGAAGAAGCCUGUCAGAAAGCCAAGCUCUGACACCACCACUAGAAGCCCCAGUAAAGUCAGUGAAAGUAGAGAUGAGUUGGAAUCAGUGACAAAGCCAAAGGAAGCCACAGAAAAGAAACCAGUAAAUCCAAAUCAUACACCAAGUGAACCAACAAUGACUAAGAGACCAAGGACAGCUGCUAGACCAGCCAGUGCACGGCCAGGAGCUCCCCGUGUGCGUGACCGCGGCACUGUACUACUUACCGAGACUGACCCCAAGGUGGUGAAUGAACCUGUCAACUUGAUCGUUGACUCCAAGGAUUUGCCCAAGGACGAUGAUGAAACUCUGGUCACUGUGGAAGCGUCAGUAGCAGAUAUCACUACAGAUCAGGUGGUGGAUGCAUCUGAUCAAGGUCACCUCGUCUCUCAAAUACUGGAAACUCAGAAAGAGCUGGAAGACACCACACCUUUGAAUGCCAUCAAGGAAGCAUCUCAAAGAGUUGACAUUACAUGGGGUAGUGGACGACAAGAAGCUGUAAUUCGAGAGGUAGACAAGUUACGAUCUGCGAUACAAGCCUUGACUAGAGCGGCCAACCCCUUGGGCAAGCUGAUAGACUUCCUACAAGAAGAUGUGGAGUCGAUGCAGGGGGAACUGGAGACUUGGGUGGCUAACAACAAACAACUGGCUACUCAGCUUCAAGGAGAGGAGAGGUUAACGGAAGAGAGUAUAGAGCCUUUAGUGAGACAAUUAGAAGACAUCGAGCAGCUUAUAGAAGAGCAGCUGGAGGAGACAAGUGUGGUGAAGGCAGCAAUAAUCCGGAAUGAUGAGCGACUGACACGGCUGCUCCAUUGCAACACUAGUCACCUCCCGGGCUGAAUCAAGAAUUGGCACAGUCUGGAUAUAAGCUGCGAGUUUGUGCUCGAAUUGACCCUGCCAUUACUGUCAGUGAAAGGCCAAUCUACAUCAUCACAUUUUAUAUCUUGAUUACCAUGUUGAAUCUUGAAACUUCUAUAUUCUAAUGUCCAGUUUUCCUUCAAAUUUAUUUAGGUCUAUAUUCUAAUGUCCAGUUUGCCUACAAAAUUAUUUAGGUAUAAUCUCUUGUUCCAAAUUUGUAAAUUGGAUUUUUAAUUUUAUAAAAAAGUACUAUCUUUAUUCCAAAAUAGAAAGUUGUUUAAGUCAUUACAAAAGAAUUUGUAAUAUACUUACUGUGGAAAAUAUCACUGUAUAAGUGUGUAAAAGCUAGUAUGAUUUAUAUACAAAUAUUAUCACUAUAUAGCUUUUGCAGGUUCUUGGACAAGACCAGGUGAGACCAUCAAAUCAUGUUUGCUGUAACAUUUUGAGAUCUACUGUAGUUUGUUGAUAGGAAUUCUAUUUCACAUUCCAGAGAUUUUUUAAUGUUAUUUGGAUUUACAAGAUCUUAUUGAGUACUUUUUAGGAAUACUUCUAUGUCUUUCACAAGUAGAUGACUAUAUAAACAUCCUACUGUAGUCAUUUGGAAAUUUAUAAUGUUAAUUUAAGGACAAAACUCCUCUCUUAUAUCAAUUUUGUUAAAAUAAUUUUAUAUUGGUCACUGUAAAACCACAAAUUAUUUAUAGCAAGAGUGUAUUUGGCCAUGGUUGUAUUGACAUGAAACCAAUAAAACAAUUUUACUGUACAACUUA